CUUGCUCCGUUCGAUCGAUCCCAAGGACCGUGGAAGGCCACACACACCGGAGCUGAAAAUCCUAUCAAUAAUAGAAUCCUUUUUAGAGUAUAAUUCGGUGUGUGUGUGAAGAUGUUGGCGGUGUUCAGCGGCGAGGUUGUGGAGGUGCCGGCGGAGCUGGUGGCUGCGGGCAGCCGGACGCCGUCGCCCAAGACGCGCGCGUCGGAGCUCGUGAAGCGCUUCCUCGCCGCCCCCGGCGCCGACCCCGCCGUCUCCGUCGACCUCGGCUCCCUCGGCAACCUCGCCUACUCCCACGCCAACCAGUCCCUCCUCCUCCCAAGGUCUUUCGCUGCAAAGGACGAGAUCUUCUGCCUGUUCGAGGGGGUGCUGGACAACCUGGGCCGUCUGAGCCAGCAGUAUGGGCUUUCCAAGGGCGGCAACGAGGUGGUCCUGGUGAUCGAGGCCUACAAGACGCUCCGUGACAGGGCCCCUUACCCGGCCAGCUUCAUGCUCUCCCAGCUCACCGGCAGCUACGCCUUCGUGCUCUUCGACAAGUCCACCUCCUCCCUCCUCGUCGCAUCCGAUCCUGAGGGCAAGGUGCCGCUCUUCUGGGGGAUCACGGCCGACGGCUGCGUCGCCUUCUCCGACGACAUCGACCUGCUCAAAGGGUCCUGCGGCAAGUCACUGGCGCCUUUCCCACAAGGCUGCUUCUACUGGAACGCUCUGGGAGGGCUCAAGUCGUACGAGAACCCCAAGAACAAGGUCACCGCUGUCCCCGCCAACGAGGAAGAAAUCUGCGGCGCAACCUUCAUGGUGGAAGGGUCGUCGACGGUUCUCACGGCGCCGCUGCAGUAGCGUGGUCGGUCGAUCGGCGCGGGCUCCGGGCAGCCGUACGUCGUCGUUGUUGGGCAAGCAGCAGCAGGCAGAAAACCUUUGUAGAUGGUGCGUGGUGGUGUAACAUAAUGGCGACGGGAUGGAUGCAACUGAUCUGAUCUGUACUAUGAUCUUUUUCAUAAGGUGUUCGGAUGUGUGUUUGUACUUGUGUGUGUGUGAUCUGUAUCCUAGGCUGUGUUCAAAUCGCAAUGGAUUCCAGACCGGCUGUGCCGAAUGUAACAAUGCAGCAAGUAGUGGCAACAACAAAUAAGCUUUCUUUCUCAA